AUGCUUGCCAGACAGCCUCUAAGUAGCAUUAGGGAGGAGCUGCUUCUGCUGGAUAACUGCAAUUGGGUUUGGAAGAAUGUCAAUGAGGUGAAGAUGAAUCAAGGAGAAACUGCUGAAACCAUCCCCACUCUGGAUCCCAAGUUGGUAGAGAAGCACCAGGUUGUUGAUCAAGUUCAUACAUCUUCAUUAUAUCCUCCUAUUCCUGCUGUGGCAUCAUGGAGCACGCAUGGGGAGAAUCAUAUCUUGAGGGAGAAUGGAACCCUGUCUAAUCCCAGUUACCACCAUGAACAGAGAGUGGAGCCGAGCUCAAGAAAUGUUAAAGAUGGGAUGAAUGUGUCAUCUAUUGCUUCUACUUCAAAUUCAGGAGUAGCAAAUGUAGCACAAGGUUAUAGUGGCUAUGCUACCUAUCCAAAUACUGAUCCAUAUGGUUACAAUAGCUCAGGAUAUGCAGGUUACUAUAGUGGCUACCAACUGCAGUCCAAUCAAUACCAACCGCAGUCAAGUCAAUACCAACCGCAGUCCAAUCAAUAUCAACAGCAAUCCAAUCAAUACCAACAGCAGUCCAGUCAAUCAUACCCUCAGCCUGUAGGAGCUUACCAAAACACAGGUGCUCCUUAUCAGCCUCUUUCCUCAUUUCAGAAUACUGGGUCUUAUACUGGACCUGCAAGUUAUUCAAGCACUUAUUACAAUCCUGGUGAUUAUCAGACAUCUGGAAGUUACACAAGUGGCACCUAUGGUGCUCAGACCAACUUGUGGCAUGGAGGGCAGCAUGGAGAAUACAGUUCUAAUCAAUAUACAAGCUACAAUCCAGAAACAAAUGCUGCUUAUAGUUCUACCACUGCUAUUGCAACUUCACAAUAUCAGCAACAUUAUAAGCAAUGGUCAGACUAUUAUAAUCAAAGUCAAACGGAAGUUAGCUGUGCUCCUGGGACAGAGAACUUGUCUGUUUCAAGUGCAUCUAAUCUGAGUUGUUCUGUUCCUGGUGCAAGUGGUGGGUAUUCGGCUUCAAACAGCCAGCUGCCUGCACCUUAUACCCUGUCUUGGAGGCCAGAAUCAAGUUCAUCUGAGUUAACACCAUUGCAGCCUGGCGUAGUAAGUGGCAGUAUCCAUGAAGGUUACUGGAAACAGGGCACUCCUGCUUUGCAAGAUAAAUAUUCUAAUUCUCAACCACUGCAUGUUCAAAAUCCCCUGGAUGCAAAUCCUACUCAUGGAAGUUAUCAGAAUCAACAUCAGUCUACAUUUUCUCAUGGUCCCAGUACACUAUAUCCAGCUUCUCACCCAGUGUCCCCGUCAUCCUUUCAAAAUGUACCGCAACCUCUCGAUUCCCGCAGGGUAAGCAAACUGCAGAUUCCAACCAAUCCCAGAAUUGCUUCAAACCUAGCAUUGGGUUUACCAAAACCUGACAAGGACAGCACUACAGCUAGCUCAGAUUCAAAGCCAGCCUAUGUCAGUGUUUCAAUGCCAAAGCCAAAUGAGAGAGAAUUGUCUCAUGAUGCAACUGAUUCUAUGCUUAAGCCUGGCACGUUGCCAAACUCAUUGCGUGGUUAUGUUGAAAGGGCUUUUGCUCGUUGCAAAGAUGAUGCUCAAAAGGCAGCUUGCCGAGUUAAAAUGAAGGAGGUCAUAACUAAGGCUAGGGCUGAAGGGAUGCUGUAUACGAGAGAUUGGGAUACUGAGCCUCUUUUCCCCCUGCCUGAUGCCAAUGCAGUUAACGAGGAGGGUGGACAGUUUUUGGUUCCAAUUUCUUCGUCGCCAAAGAACAAGAGAAGUCCUAGUAGGCGAGCCAAAAGUAGGUGGGAGCCUAUUCCAGAGGAGAAAGUCGUUGAAAAAUCAACUAAUAUUUCUUAUGAAACUGUAAAGUAUGGUGGUUGGAACAAACAGUUUUCAGCUGGAAAAACAGAGAACAAGGAGAAUACUAUUAGCACAAAAUUCUCUUUUCCAGAGCAGAAAAUCAAAAACAAUAAUGACACAAGACCAACUAAGAGGCAGCGCCUUAGUAAUGGUUUGAAUGCAACAGAGGGUGGAACUUCUAGUGAUAGUGAUGAGGAACAGAGAUUAACAGCAUAUUAUUCUGCUGCUGUAGCACUUGCAGAUUCACCUGAAGAAAAGAAGAGGCGGGAGAAUCGUUCGAAACGUUUUGAAAAGGGACGUGGAAGUCGACCAGAAAACAAUCAGUCAAAGGCAAAAAAAACGGGAGCCAGCAAUUUUUAUGCAAGACAGGCUAGUGCAGUAGUACUUGGGAAAAACUUUGAGGAAAAAGGGAGCAGGGCUGUUGAAGAUAUCGAUUGGGAUGCUCUCACAGUCAAAGGCACCUGCCAGGAAAUUGAAAAACGCUACCUGCGCCUUACUUCUGCACCUGAUCCUGCUACAGUGAGGCCUGAAGAAGUAUUGGAAAAAGCUUUACUUAUGGUUCAAAAUUCUCAAAAAAAUUACCUUUACAAAUGUGACCAGUUAAAAUCUAUACGGCAAGACCUUACUGUCCAACAUAUACGUAACGAGCUUACGGUGAAGGUCUAUGAAACUCAUGCUCGAUUAGCAAUUGAAGUUGGAGACUUGCCAGAAUAUAAUCAGUGUCAAUCACAACUGAGAACACUUUAUUUGGAAGGAAUUAAGGGAUGCCAUAUGGAAUUUGCGGCUUACAAUUUACUUUGUGUACUAUUGCACUCCAGUAAUAACAGGGAUCUUCUGUCAGCAAUGUCAAGAUUAUCAGUUGAUGCUAAAAAGGAUGAAGCAGUAAAACACGCUCUUUCGGUUCGUGCAGCCAUGACUUCUGGAAAUUAUGUAAUGUUUUUCAGACUAUACAAGACAGCACCUAAUCUUAACAGCUGUCUUAUGGAUCUUCACGCUGAAAAGAUGCGAUAUGCUGCCAUAAGAUGCAUGUCUCGUUCAUACCGCCCUACAGUUCCCGUGUCAUAUAUCACUCAGAUUCUAGGUUUUGCUAAUCUCUUGCUUACAACUGAUGAGAAGGAUGUGGAUGGAGUGGAUAACUGUGUGGAAUGGUUAAGAGCUCAUGGCGGGUGCCUUACUUCGGAUAACUCUGGAGAGAUGCUUCUGGAUACGAAGGCUUCUGCAUCGAGUCUGUACAUGCCAGAACCUGAAGAUGCUGUGGCUCAUGGAGAUGCAAGUCUCGCAGUUAAUGACUUUUUGACUCGGAGUUUAGCGUAA